UCAAUCCGUUAUUGAACAUUUACAUUCCCCUCCUCCAUCUCCAAAUCUCCAUGACAACCAGAGAUGGUUGCUAAGUACUAGUGCUAUCCAGCCAGUUCAGGACUCUGACACUGAUGAGGACUAUACUGCCAGCUCUUACCUAGUACAGACCGGUCCUGUUUCAGUUUUUGCCUCAGGUCAUGAGCAACCUCCAAAUAACCAAGGCCAGUCGACCCUGCAACCUUUGCCACCUUCUCAUAAGCAGCAUUCAGCACAGCAUCACCCAUCUAUCACCUCCCUUAACAGAAAUUCACUGACAAAUAGGAGGAACCAGAGUCCGGCCCCGCCGGCUGCUUUGCCCGCCGAGCUGCAAACCACACCCGAGUCGGUCCAGCUGCAGGACAGCUGGGUCCUUGGCAGUAAUGUGCCACUGGAAAGCAGGCAUUUCCUAUUCAAAACAGGAACAGGGACAACACCACUGUUCAGUACUGCAACACCGGGUUACACAAUGGCAUCUGGCUCAGUUUAUUCCCCUCCUACACGACCACUACCUAGGAACACCUUAUCAAGAAGUGCUUUUAAAUUUAAGAAGUCUUCAAAGUACUGUAGCUGGAAAUGUACAGCACUCUGUGCUGUUGGGGUCUCUGUGCUUCUGGCAAUACUGCUAUCUUAUUUUAUAGCAAUGCAUCUAUUUGGCCUCAACUGGCAGUUACAACAGACUGAAAAUGACACAUUUGAAAAUGGAAAAGUGAAUUCUGAUACUGUGCCAACACAUACUGUAUCAUUACCUUCUGGUGAAAAUGGUAAAUUAGGAGGAAUUGCGCAAGAAAACAACACUAUAGAUUCUGGAGAACUUGAUAUAGGUCGAAGAGCAACUCAAGACGUUCCUCCUGGGAUCUUCUGGCGAUCACAAGUCUUCAUUGAUCAACCACAGUUUCUGAAAUUCAAUAUCUCCCUUCAGAAAGAUGCUUUGAUUGGAGUAUAUGGCCGAAAAGGUUUACCACCUUCACAUACUCAAUAUGACUUUGUAGAACUUUUGGAUGGGAGCCGAUUGAUUGCAAAGGAGCAGCGUAACCUUCUUGAGACAGAGAGAGCGGGUAGACAGACAAGAUCUGUUAGCCUUCAUGAAGCAGGGUUCAUUCAGUAUUUGGACGCUGGGAUCUGGCACCUGGCUUUCUACAAUGACGGAAAAAAUGCAGAGCAAGUGUCUUUUAAUACGAUUGUUAUAGAGUCUGUGGUUGAAUGCCCUCGAAAUUGUCAUGGAAACGGAGAAUGUGUUUCAGGAUCAUGCCAUUGUUUUGCUGGCUUUCUUGGCCCUGAUUGUUCAAGAGCAGCCUGCCCAGUAUUGUGCAGUGGCAAUGGGCAGUACUCCAAAGGACGUUGUCUAUGCUAUAGUGGUUGGAAGGGUACGGAGUGUGAUGUGCCUACCACCCAGUGCAUUGACCCUCAAUGUGGGGGUCGUGGGAUUUGUAUCAUGGGCUCUUGUGCCUGCAACUCUGGAUACAAAGGAGAAAACUGUGAAGAAGCUGAUUGUUUAGAUCCAGUCUGUUCAAAUCAUGGUGUAUGUAUCCAUGGCGAGUGUCACUGUAAUCCAGGUUGGGGUGGUAACAACUGUGAAAUACUGAAGACAAUGUGUCCCGAUCAAUGCUCUGGCCAUGGCACGUAUCUUCAAGAAAGUGGCACUUGUACUUGUGAUCCUAAUUGGACAGGUCCAGAUUGCUCUAAUGAAAUCUGCUCUGUUGACUGUGGUGCUCACGGUGUCUGCAUGGGUGGAACAUGUCGAUGUGAAGAAGGUUGGGCUGGAGCCUCUUGCAAUCAAAGAGCAUGCCAUCCUCGGUGUGCUGAACAUGGAACAUGUAAAGAUGGGAAGUGUGAAUGCAGCCAAGGCUGGAAUGGCGAGCACUGCACAAUUGAGGGAUGCCCUGGCCUGUGUAAUAGUAAUGGAAGAUGUACUCUUGACCAAAAUGGCUGGCAUUGUGUUUGUCAGCCUGGAUGGAGGGGAGCAGGAUGUGAUGUCGCCAUGGAAACUUUAUGUACUGACAGCAAAGACAACGAAGGAGAUGGAUUAGUUGACUGCAUGGAUCCUGACUGCUGUUUGCAGAGUUCCUGCCAAAACCAGCCUUACUGUCGAGGAUUGCCUGACCCACAAGAUAUCAUUAGCCAAAGCCAGCAGUCGCCAUCUCAGCAAGCUGCUAAAUCCUUUUAUGAUCGAAUCAGUUUUCUUAUAGGACUAGAAAGCACCCAUGUAAUUCCUGGGGAAAGCCCAUUCAAUAAGAGUCUUGCAUCUGUCAUAAGGGGCCAAGUAUUAACAGCAGAUGGAACACCACUAAUUGGAGUUAAUGUCUCCUUUUUACAUUAUCCUGACUUUGGUUAUACAAUCACUCGUCAAGAUGGAAUGUUUGACUUGGUGGCAAAUGGUGGUGCAUCAUUAACUUUAGUGUUUGAACGAUCACCAUUCCUUACUCAGUACCAUACAGUCUGGAUUCCAUGGAAUGUCUUCUAUGUUAUGGACACCCUUGUCAUGAAGAAGGAGGAGAAUGACAUUCCCAGCUGUGAUCUGAGUGGAUUUGUGAAACCAAAUCCUGUAAUUGUAUCAUCACCUUUAUCUACCUUGUUCAGGAUCUCUCCUGAGGACAGCCCUAUUAUUCCUGAGACACAGGUACUGCAUGAAGAAACUACAAUACCGGGAACUGACUUGAAACUGUCGUACUUAAGCUCCAGAGCAGCGGGGUAUAAAUCUGUACUUAAGAUCACAAUGACACAGUCCGUGAUACCAUUUAAUUUAAUGAAAGUUCAUCUCAUGGUGGCAGUAGUGGGAAGACUUUUCCAAAAAUGGUUCCCUGCAUCCCCAAAUUUGGCUUAUACAUUUAUAUGGGAUAAAACUGAUGCAUAUAACCAAAAGGUCUAUGGUUUAUCUGAAGCUGUUGUAUCUGUAGGUUAUGAAUAUGAAUCUUGUUUGGAUCUAACCCUGUGGGAAAAACGGACAGCUAUUCUACAAGGUUAUGAAUUGGAUGCCUCCAACAUGGGUGGAUGGACUCUGGAUAAACACCAUGUAUUGGAUGUUCAGAAUGGAAUCCUGUAUAAAGGCAAUGGGGAAAAUCAGUUCAUCUCUCAGCAGCCACCAGUUGUCAGUAGUAUAAUGGGUAACGGUCGACGGCGUAGCAUUUCUUGCCCAAGUUGUAAUGGUCAAGCAGAUGGCAAUAAACUUUUGGCUCCAGUUGCCCUAGCUUGUGGAAUUGAUGGAAGCCUAUAUGUAGGGGAUUUCAACUAUGUUCGACGGAUAUUCCCUUCAGGAAAUGUAACAAGUGUACUUGAACUAAGCAGUAAUCCAGCUCAUAGAUACUAUCUUGCAACUGAUCCAGUCACAGGAGAAUUGUAUGUUUCUGAUACAAAUACAAGAAGAAUUUACCGUCCAAAGUCACUUACAGGGGCAAAAGACCUGACAAAAAAUGCUGAUGUAGUUGCAGGGACCGGAGAGCAGUGCCUUCCAUUUGAUGAAGCAAGAUGUGGCGAUGGUGGCAAGGCUGUAGAAGCUACUCUGAUGAGUCCCAAAGGAGUGGCAGUAGAUAAGAAUGGAUUAAUUUAUUUUGUUGAUGGGACUAUGAUCAGGAAAGUGGACCAAAAUGGAAUAAUAUCAACAUUACUUGGUUCCAAUGAUCUGACUUCAGCGCGACCACUAACAUGUGACACCAGCAUGCAUAUCAGCCAGGUGCGUCUGGAGUGGCCAACAGAUUUAGCUAUCAACCCAAUGGAUAACUCCAUAUACGUGCUGGAUAACAACGUAGUGCUUCAAAUUACAGAAAAUCGGCAAGUCCGUAUAGCUGCUGGAAGGCCAAUGCAUUGCCAGGUUCCUGGAGUGGAGUAUACAGUGGGAAAACAUGCAGUGCAGACUACCUUAGAAUCAGCCACAGCUAUUGCUGUAUCUUAUAAUGGGGUGCUUUACAUUACAGAAACAGAUGAAAAAAAGAUAAACAGGAUAAGACAAGUAACAACUGAUGGAGAGAUCUCGUUAGUUGCUGGAAUACCUUCUGAGUGUGAUUGCAAAAAUGAUGUUAACUGCGACUGCUACCAAAAUGGUGAUGGCUAUGCUAAAGAUGCCAAACUCAGUGCCCCUUCUUCCUUAGCUGUAUCACCCGAUGGAACGUUGUACAUUGCAGAUCUUGGAAAUAUUCGAAUAAGAGCUGUGUCAAAGAACAAACCAUUGCUGAAUUCCAUGAAUUUUUAUGAAGUUGCCUCUCCAACAGAUCAGGAGUUGUACAUCUUUGAUGUCAAUGGCACUCAUCAGUACACAAUGAGUUUAGUUACAGGAGACUAUUUGUAUAAUUUUAGCUACAGUAAUGAUAAUGAUAUUACUGCAGUAACUGACAGCAAUGGAAAUACCCUUCGUAUUAGGCGUGACCCCAACCGGAUGCCAGUAAGGGUGGUAUCACCUGACAAUCAAGUCAUCUGGUUAACCAUAGGAACAAACGGUUGCUUAAAAAAUAUGAUAGCACAAGGACAGGAGCUAGUCUUGUUUACAUAUCAUGGCAACAGUGGACUCCUCGCAACUAGAAGUGAUGAGAUUGGAUGGACAACAUUUUUUGACUAUGACAGUGAAGGCAGAUUGACCAAUGUCACAUUUCCAACUGGAGUGGUCACUAACCUACACGGAGAAAUGGAAAGGGCCAUUACUGUCGACAUUGAAUCAUCUAGCAGAGAAGAUGAUGUCAGCAUCACUUCAAACCUAUCCUCAAUUGAUUCGUUCUAUACAAUGGUCCAAGACCAGUUAAGAAAUAGCUACCAGAUUGGAUAUGAUGGGUCUCUCAGAAUCAUCUAUGCCAGUGGCCUGGAUACACACUACCAAACAGAGCCACAUGUUUUAGCAGGUACAGCCAAUCCAACUGUAGCAAAAAGAAAUAUGACCCUUCCAGGAGAAAAUGGACAGAAUUUAGUGGAGUGGAGAUUUCGAAAAGAACAAGCACAAGGCAAAGUCAAUGUGUUUGGCCGAAAGCUCAGAGUUAAUGGUAGGAACCUCCUUUCAGUUGACUUUGAUCGGACUUCAAAGACAGAGAAGAUUUAUGAUGAUCACCGUAAAUUUCUGUUGAGGAUUGCCUAUGAUACAUCAGGACAUCCUACCCUCUGGUUCCCAAGCAGCAAGCUUAUGGCUGUCAAUGUUACCUAUUCAUCUACGGGUCAAAUUGGUAGCAUCCAACGAGGCACCACUAGUGAAAAAGUAGAUUAUGAUGGACAGGGAAGGAUUGUAUCUAGAGUAUUUGCUGAUGGUAAAACAUGGAGUUACACAUAUCUUGAAAAGUCAAUGGUUCUCUUACUGCAUAGCCAACGGCAGUAUAUCUUUGAAUAUGACUUGCUGGAUCGGCUUUCUGCAAUAACCAUGCCCAGUGUAGCUCGCCACACUAUGCAGACUAUCCGUUCUAUCGGCUACUAUCGUAACAUCUAUAAUCCUCCAGAGAGUAAUGCCUCUGUCAUCAUGGACUACAAUGAAGAAGGACAGCUGUUACAAACUGCUUUCUUGGGCACAAGCCGAAGAGUCUUAUUCAAAUACCGAAGGCAGACCAGGCUUUCUGAAAUUCUGUAUGAUAGCACAAGAGUCAGUUUUACUUAUGAUGAGACAGCAGGAGUUCUGAAAACAGUAAACCUCCAGAGUGAUGGCUUUAUUUGCACCAUUAGAUACAGGCAAAUUGGUCCAUUGAUUGACAGACAGAUUUUCCGCUUUAGUGAAGAUGGAAUGGUAAAUGCCCGAUUUGACUACAGCUAUGACAAUAGCUUCAGAGUGACUAGCAUGCAAGGUGUUAUCAAUGAAACUCCAUUGCCUAUUGAUCUCUACCAGUUUGAUGACAUUUCUGGAAAAGUUGAGCAGUUUGGAAAAUUUGGGGUUAUAUAUUAUGAUAUUAAUCAGAUAAUUUCAACAGCUGUAAUGACUUACACAAAACACUUCGAUGCUCAUGGUCGCAUAAAGGAAAUUCAGUAUGAAAUAUUCCGAUCUCUUAUGUACUGGAUUACAAUUCAGUAUGACAACAUGGGCCGAGUAACUAAAAGAGAAAUUAAAAUAGGGCCAUUUGCUAACACUACCAAGUACAGUUAUGAAUAUGAUGUUGAUGGCCAGCUACAGACAGUUUAUCUUAAUGAGAAAAUAAUGUGGCGCUACAACUAUGAUUUGAAUGGCAAUCUCCACUUGUUGAAUCCAAGUAAUAGUGCUCGACUGACACCACUUCGAUAUGAUCUGAGGGACAGAAUCACUCGCCUUGGUGAUGUUCAAUACCGGUUAGAUGAAGAUGGAUUCCUGCGACAGAGGGGUACUGAGAUAUUUGAAUACAGCUCAAAGGGCCUCCUUACCAGAGUUUAUAGCAAAGGCAGUGGGUGGACAGUGAUAUAUCGUUAUGAUGGACUUGGAAGACGAGUUUCCAGUAAAACCAGCCUGGGACAGCAUCUUCAAUUUUUUUAUGCAGAUCUCACAUAUCCAACAAGGAUAACUCAUGUGUAUAACCACUCAAGCUCUGAAAUUACCUCUCUCUAUUAUGACUUGCAAGGACAUUUAUUUGCCAUGGAGAUUAGUAGCGGAGAUGAGUUCUACAUUGCCUCAGACAACACUGGCACACCACUGGCUGUUUUCAGUAGUAAUGGUUUAAUGCUUAAGCAGAUUCAGUACACAGCAUAUGGCGAAAUCUAUUUUGAUUCUAACCUUGAUUUCCAGUUGGUGAUAGGAUUCCAUGGAGGUCUUUAUGACCCACUAACCAAACUCAUUCAUUUUGGUCAAAGAGAUUAUGACAUAUUGGCAGGCCGUUGGACUACACCCGACAUUGAAAUCUGGAAAAAAAUAGGGACGGAUCCAGCUCCUUUUAACCUAUACAUGUUUAGAAAUAACAAUCCAGCCAGCAGAAUACAUGAUGUGAAAGAUUAUAUCACAGAUGUUAACAGCUGGCUGGUGACAUUUGGUUUUCAUCUACAUAAUGCGAUACCAGGUUUCCCUGUGCCUAAAUUUGAUUUAACUGAACCCUCCUAUGAACUUGUGAAGAGUCAGCAAUGGGAUGAUGUACCGCCAAUUUCUGGAGUGCAGCAAGAAGUGGCAAGGCAAGCAAAGGCUUUCCUAUCCCUAGGAAAGAUGGCAGAAGUCCAGAUCAGCAAGCGCAGACCUGGUGGUGAGAAAUCCUGGUUGUGGUUUGCAACUGUGAAGUCUUUGAUUGGGAAAGGAGUCAUGCUUGCUGUCAAUCAAGGCAAAGUGCAGACCAAUGUGCUUAACAUUGCAAAUGAGGAUUGUAUCAAAGUGGCAGCUGUUCUGAACAGUGCAUACUACCUGGAAAACCUGCAUUUCACUGUUGAAGGGAAGGACACACAUUAUUUCAUAAAAACCACCUCACCCGAGAGUGACCUGGGGACGCUGAGAUUGACAAGUGGCCGAAAGGCGCUGGAGAAUGGCAUUAACGUCACAGUUUCCCAGUCCACCACCGUUGUGAAUGGCAGGACUCGUAGGUUUGCCGAUGUUGAGAUGCAGUACGGCGCACUAGCACUUCACGUCCGCUAUGGCAUGACCCUUGAUGAGGAGAAGGCACGGAUAUUAGAGCAGGCUCGGCAAAGGGCUCUUUCCAAUGCCUGGGCCAGAGAACAGCAACGAGUGAGAGAUGGAGAGGAGGGUGCCAGGCUAUGGACAGAAGGGGAAAAGAGGCAACUUUUGAGUGCUGGAAAAGUUCAAGGAUAUGAUGGGUACUAUGUACUCUCCGUUGAGCAAUACCCCGAAUUAGCUGACAGUGCUAACAAUAUACAGUUUCUUAGGCAAAGUGAGAUUGGAAAGAGGUAACACACUGGUUGAGUUUGGCUUGCCAAAGAGACGGACUCCGUGCCAGUGUCUUCUAAGAGGGGAGACCAAAUUGUGUGCUGCAUUACUACUUGAGCCUAAAUGUACAUCUUUGCUCAGAUUUUUCUGUAGCACAAUCUGAAUGGACUCUACAACAAAGAAAGAGCCUUCCAGAAGAAUGAUAAUAUUAAAAAGAAAAACUGGAGUUGUUGUUUUUUUCUGAAUGACCUUAAAGGUGAUCUGCUUUAAAGAAUAUGUUUACAUAUGCAUAUCACUGCACUCAAGUUGGACUGAAAGUAUUAAAAGAAAGAUCUAAAGAGUUUCCAACUGGCUGCCUGUUCCAGUAACUAAGAAAGAAAGCGAUACAGUGUUUCCAAAUAUUACUAAAUUGUUGACUUUUGCUUACAAGAUUUAGUCUCUUUUCUCCUCCUCUUCCUCCUCCUCCUCCUCCUCCUCCUCUCUCACUCUCUUCCUUUCUCUGCCUAGGAUGUGGUAUAUAAUCUCUGUUCAUGUAAGAGGGGGGACAAAAACUCUUUGUGUGUGGACACCCCAAUGGCUUUAAACAGUGCUGCUUUUUGAAAGGACGCUGGCACAAGCAAUUUAUGCUACAAUCGAAAUUUAGUAAUGGAUUUUAUGGUGAUAAUGGGGUUUACCUUGGGAAAAUGGCAAAUAGAAUUCUUGUCACAGAGAAGCAAAGGAAGCUUGAUUUUUUUUGUAAAUUAUGUGAAACAAGUUGUUUAUGGAUUUUUAUAUGAAUUACAAUUUACUGUACAUCAAAUAUUAGUCUCAGAGGAGUUAAUUUAUGUAAAGUGUUUAAAAAAAGUUUAUACUUAAAUAAAAUAAUAAAAAUGUG